GAGCUCUCACACAAAUGAGAAUUUGUCCUUCUCUCGCUGUACUUUUCUUUUCCAAACCUUUGUGCUCUUUGAAAGUGUAUCUGCCUGUGAUAAGAAUUUCCCUAGAAUGAGAUGGAUUCUGAGACAAAUACACCUAGGAAAGAGAGCGCGGAGAAUCUAGUUGCUGAUAGAAAGGAAGGAAUUGGUGUCUGUGGUUGGAUCCUGGUUUCCCUUUCUUUCCUCUUUGUGGUUCUAACGUUCCCUUUCUCCAUCUGGGCGUGUGUCAAGAUCAUCAAAGAAUACGAACGUGCGGUUGUAUUUAGGCUGGGACGCAUAUUGCCUAAAAAAGCCAAGAGUCCGGGUCUGCUUUUGGUACUUCCAUGUACAGAUGUUUUUACCAAGGUGGAUCUGAGAACUGUUACCUGGAACAUUCCCCCACAAGAGAUCCUCACAAAAGAUUCUGUAACUACCCAAGUUGAUGGAGUGGUCUACUACCGAAUCUACAGUGCUAUUAGUUCAGUGGCUAAUGUCUCUAAUGUCCAUUUGGCAACUUACCUGCUGGCACAGACAACUUUGAGAAAUGUUCUAGGUACACAAAGCUUGUCACAGAUCCUGUCCAGUAGGGAAGAGAUUGCCCAUAAUAUUCAGGCUAUGCUGGAUAGUGCCACUCAUAAAUGGGGAAUCAAAGUUGCACGUGUGGAAAUCAAAGAUGUCAGGAUCCCUAUGGAGAUGCAGAGAGCUAUGGCAGCUGAAGCAGAAGCAACACGAGAGGCUAGAGCUAAGGUUGUAGCAGCUGAAGGAGAAAUGAAUGCUUCAAAGGCACUCAAACAGGCCUCCACGGUGCUGGUUGAAUCUCCAGUAGCGCUUCAACUGCGCUACCUGCAGACCUUAGCCACAAUGGCAACUGAGAAGAAUUCCACCAUUGUCUUCCCUCUCCCUAUUAAUAUGGUGCCGGGUUUGUAUAAGAAUAAUGGAGAAAAAAAAAUAGGUAGCAACUGAAUACAUGUCUUUACUGCAUCAGAGGGAAUGAAGGAGUGUCACCAGGAAAACAUGUUCUUCCCACCUGCUUUUGCUACAUCUAUGACACAGCAUUCAGAGCAGAAUUGAGUGAACAGGUCAUAUAUUCAUGGUAACACUCCCUACAGCUGUCCAACAUGGUCUGGACAUAGUGAGACCCUUUUAUACUUUUUCCUUAUCAAGAGGUGUUUCAAGCAGUUGCAAAAGUUCAGAGUUAAAGUAGAGAAGCUACUUUGAUAGCACACAUCAAAAAGUGGUUAGCUAAACUGAGAUGGUAACAUGAAAUCUGACUGUCUUGAAAUAUGAUUGUGGUUCCCGAGUAAGGCAUCCAGCUCUAGUGACUUAGGCUCAUCUUGAAGGGAAAAAGGAGAAAUCUUUGUCAGGCUGUUGGUUAAACUUUAAAUUAGGCUGUCACUUCUGAUGACACUUCCUUUUACAGAGAAUGGAUUCAGUAGUCUGGCAGGUAUUUUGUGGUUGGUCUGCUAAACAGGAGCCUUCCUAUAAGAGAUAAUAAAAUCAUUUCAUACAGAAUAUGGGCCCAAUUCUAUUCUGUUAGGGCUGUGUAAAUCUGUAGCAAUUCCAUUUAAAUAACCAAAGUAACAGAAAGGAGCUGGGUCAUUAACAUUAGAAAGAUUAUUUGAUGACUGUGUAUAGAAGUACCAGGUGAUCUGUAAAUGGCUGUAACAGUAAUGGGCCUGGCUCUGAUUUCAUACUGGUGUAAAUUAACUGUACCCCCAUUUAUUUUAAUGGAGUGUUACCCUUUUGUAGAACCAAUGUAAAUGAGAAUCAGGCCACUGUGUUUUAUAUGCUCUCUGCAAUGUAAUCCAAAUGUAUCUCAGCUCUGUAAAAGGAACAGAAUGUAUGCCCAGUGGCCACACUUAUAUUCCUCAAACUGAACUCACCUUCAGGAAUGUGAAACAAUUGCCAUGAUGGCAACACAACCAUGUGGUAUUGAACAUCUACCCAUGUUAAUAUACAUCUUCCUCUCCCCCCAUAACUAGUCCUUUGCAUUCCUCCCCACAUAAGCAAACAUUUUGUGAAAUGUCUCUUUUCACUACCACAUUUUAUUGGAUAGUGAAAGAGUUGACACGCAUGUAUCGUCAUUGGAAUAUGAAUCUUACAGCCUUUGAAAUGCACAACAGUUUGCACCUGCCCAAAGAUGCUGUUGCAGACAUUUCAUAUAGUCAAAUGUGUUUUCUUGAGUUAGGCUCAAGCCAAAUCUACACUGCAAAAUUCCACUUUGCUCCACUGUCCAGUCAUAUGAAUAAAUUUCAUCCAGAGAGCAUAAAUGUCAGUGGUUUUCAAACUGUGUUCUGUGGGGUAAUAUCAGAGCAGGCCAGGAGGCAGUGCACCACCAUUGUGGGUCCAGGUCACUUAGCUCCAUGUCCGUUUUUAGGAUAGGGUUAGGGGUGCCACAGCAGCAGAAGUGAUAUAAAAGGGUUCUGUGACUUUAGGAAGUUUGAAAACCAUUGAUAUUAUGUGAUUCAAAGAAACUCACAAAAAAAAGGCAAAAUAGGCUCUGUUAUGGUUCCUAAAACUUUAAUGGCUUAUGGGACAUAAAAGAAAAGGGAAAUAAGGAUUAGUUGCAUUAAUGGGUGUAUAGGCAGUCCUCGGACUUACAACACAAUUGGUUCCUGAAAACCGCAUCUUAAGUCGAAAUGUUGUAACUCAGAACUGAUUUUCCCAUAGGAAACAAUGUUAUAAAUGGGGGAUUGGUUCCUGAACCAAGGCCCAAUACCCUAUUUUCACCAAAAAUAACCCAGAAUUUUGUACUCGAUCAAUUAUAGAUGAGUAAUAUAGCUACAUUAAUGUAUUUAUAUUGUAAAUAGCAAUCAUAUUGAUUUGGAAGGACUUCUUUGAGGUGACUUUGCUGGACUUUUUGAAGGGUUCUUGGUUGGACUUUUUGAAGGGUUCUUGGCUAGAGUCUUCUCAGGAGUCUUGGCUGCAGGUUUUUCUGGAAUCUUGUCUGCUUUCUCAAAGAAAGUCCAAGGAAGUUUGGACAGACGUUCUCCAGGGAGAUGGGUGACAGCAAACUCAUUCGCUGGCAUAGCAUCACGUCAGAUCAAGCGCUGUAAGUCUAAACUGACAUCAGAAAGUUGAAACAGGGUGUCAAUUUAGAAAUGCUGUAAGUGUGAAACAUUGUAACACGAAACGUUGUAAGUCGAGGACUGCCUGCACUUCACAGUAGAGCUCUCGAGUACAGCAUGGAUGCAGUAUAGACAUGCCCAUAGGGUACACCCUCUAAUGCUGAGAAAUGUUUUGGAGCUUUAUUCAUAGCCUGCUAAAGUCAAUGGGAAUCCACUUGCAUUUUGUUACCACAAGUGCCCUUAGAUUGCAGGAUGUGCUAGAAAGCACUUUCUGAAUCCUACUUUAAUAACCCCUGGUGGAUCUUACAAUAGCAGUUGCUAUUGCUUAAGGAGUACUUAAUUCAUUGUGGUCAAUGCUUUGCUCGUCUUUCCCCAUCAGAAGGUAUUGCUCGUUAUCCUCCACCACUAAAUCACAAGAUUAAUGCUUUAGGAAUUGCCAAUGAUUAUUUAUUGAUAGAGUUUUAUCACCAGCUACUGUAGAAACAGAGAAAGCUGUCAAUUGUUGUUUGACAUUAGUAAAGAUGGCAAACCUUUAAUGUACGCAGUAAGAACUAUGUCUUAGAAGCAGGUCCUCCACUGCCUUGCCAUGUAGGAUGUAGGCCAGGCACUAUUAAAAUCACCAUUGGCUUACCAUAACAUCGCUUUUC